GGCGCUGCUGGUUGGUGCUGGGGCCCGAGGAGGGGACGCGCGCCGGAACGCGGCUGUCGGGAUCAAGCGAGCGACUGAAGCGCAACCCGCCGACGCCGCAGCCGCUGAGGGCCCGCACGGACCCUCUGCCUCUGUAUAGAAUGAGCCAAGGAGACUCGAACCCAGCAGCUAUUCCACAUGCAGCAGAAGAUAUUCAAGGAGAUGACAGGUGGAUGUCUCAGCAUAAUAGGUUUGUUCUGGAUUGUAAAGACAAAGAGCCGGAUGUGCUGUUUGUGGGAGACUCCAUGGUACAGUUAAUGCAGCAGUACGAGAUAUGGCGGGAGCUGUUUUCCCCACUUCAUGCUCUUAAUUUUGGAAUUGGGGGAGACACGACACGACACGUUUUAUGGAGACUAAAGAACGGAGAGCUGGAGAACAUUAAGCCUAAGGUCAUUGUUGUCUGGGUAGGAACAAACAACCAUGAAAAUACAGCAGAAGAAGUAGCAGGUGGGAUUGAAGCUAUUGUACAACUUAUAAACACGCGGCAGCCACAGGCCAAGAUCAUUGUACUGGGUCUGUUACCUCGAGGUGAGAAGCCCAACCCUUUAAGACAAAAGAAUGCCAAGGUGAACCAGCUUCUCAAGGUUUCCCUGCCAAGGCUUGCCAAUGUGCAACUCCUGGAUAUAGAUGGGGGCUUCGUGCACUCGGACGGUGCCAUCUCCUGCCACGACAUGUUUGAUUUUCUUCAUCUCACUGGAGGGGGCUAUGCAAAGAUCUGCAAACCCCUCCAUGAACUGAUCAUGCAGUUGCUGGAGGAAACACCAGAGGAGAAGCAAACCACCAUUGCUUGACUGGCCCCAUCAGUGUUAACAGCAUCCCAGCUUCCUCAGCUCAGUUAGACCACUGGCACUACAGAAUCCUUUCUUAAGGCACUUUGCAUUGUACAAUGUUCCUGGAUGCUUGUAUGUUUGAAGGGGAGGAGGGAUUUAAAUUGGUCCUGUAUAUAAAGGUUUGUUUGAGAGACGAGAAAAAUUAGCCAAGGAAGAUUCAUUUGAAACUAGAAGGGGACUUUUUAGUUGUUUAUGACACAUUUGUAGGAUUAUCACUGUUUUUCCUAGGACAACAUCAAGCAAGAGUCCAAUAUGAAGAGUCUGUUCUUGGCCCUUUUUUCUGUGGAUUAUGUCAUGUGUGAUAAUUAUCACAUCUACUUGGCUUUAAACUUAUUUUUGGUCCAAUUUUAAGGUUCAUAAGUUAGUAUGUUGUGUUAUUUUGUUUGAUUCAUGUAUCCUCAGUAUUUUUAUUAACAUAUAGCAUCAGAUUAAACAUGCUUGUCACUCCAAUAUGGGAGAUGCUAUAGUUACCAGUGAGUUUGUUCCUCUCAAUCUUAAGCAGUGAAAACACGGUCUGGGGACUGUGGGAUACUGUUUUUAUUGCUGCUGAUUAUCAUGUCUGUAACAGACCCGUGCAUGCAGCCUUUCCUCCGCUCCCCUUCGUCUCCUCACAGGUGGGUUAUUUACAUUGCAAACUUUUAACUCAUUUUUGAUCUAGGACUUGCACUGCCGUCAGGACGAUCUUACUAAUGUAUAACUCAUUCUGUGUGCUGUUCUGUGAUGUAGGGUCUGUGUAAUGUUAAUCAUCCAGAGUUCUGCGUGUCACCCCCCAACCUGUUGUUUUCCUUUGUUUUGGGUGUAGGAGGUCAGGGGUGGGGGGGGUCAGAAUUGUUUCCCAUUCCAUAAUGCCUGAUGUUAUUUCAAGUUUUAUAUUAUCUUAAGGUGUAUAUGUUUGUUUUCGUUUUAUAUAUAUUAUAUAUAAAUAGAUAUAUUUUACAGUACUGGAAUCCAACCCAGGGCCCUGCACAUACUAAGCAAGUGCUCUGCCAUUGAGGUAAUCUCUAGACAUGUUUGUUUGCUUGUUUGUUUGUUUGUUUAAUUGGUUUAAUUCUUAAAUUCUAUCAGUAAAAAAAAAAAAUGUUUUUUUUUCCAUGGGAAACAAUGAAAGCUGCUCUCACAAUAGAUGUGCUAUCUUUAUCAAUUUUUUUCCUUUUUUGUUUGUUUUUCGAGACAGGGUUUCUCUGUAUAGUCCUGGCUGUCCUGAAGCUCUGUAGACCAGGCUGGCCUCGAACUCAGAGAUCACUUGCCUCUGCCUCCCAAGCGCUGGAAUUAAAGGUGUGCACCACCACACCUGGCUUUAGAUGCGCUAUCUUUAUUCUGCCAUUUUAGUAAAGAUAGACUAGGUUCCUUUUUUGGUCUUUGAGACAGGGUCUCAUGGUAUAGCUCUGCCUAGCCUGGAAUUUGCUGUGUAGACCAGGCUAGUAUUGAACUCACAGAGAUCCCCCUGCCUCUGGACUCCUGAGGACUGAGAGUAAAAGCAUGUACCACCAUGGAGAUGGCUCAGUGAUUUUUUUAAGAUUCCUUAUAUAAUUUAGUGUCUUCAUCGAGAUUUCAAGAGAGCUCUUUACAUUCCUGCUGGUUUGCUUGAACUACACAAACUGCCACUUGAGAGAACAAUAGAUUAUCAAUCAUCAGUAUGCCAAUGGACCCGUAUAAACUGAUCUACAACCAUUUUCACUGGACCAGGUUGGGGAUUGAAGUAAUUCAUUAAAUGUGCUCUGCAGUGAUUUUGUUUAAUGGUCACACUCAGUAGCUAUGAUCUGGGCUUUAUGUUCUGCUUACAGAGCAGCCAUCAGGGCUGUUAGAGGAACUGUUGUUGGUUCGUGCUGAGACCUACACUUGACUGAGAACGAUAGAAGUUGAGGUUUUUCUUCCUGGUGAGCAUCUGUGUAGGAAUUUAAUGCAUAGUGUUGUGAAUGUAUCAUGUCUUCAUUAGCAACAGGAAGAUACACAUGGUGUUUACUAAAAUUGUUUACUACAGUAAAAUUCCCUUUUAUUUUUUUAGUAGCCCAAGUUCUGGAGUUUUUCAAGACAGAUUGUUUUCUGAACCGUGGUAUAACUUUAGGAAGGAGAGUUAAUUAAGCCAGAAUUUUGUGUGUAAAAAGAACAUGUUCUCCCCGGGUGUCUCUGUGUUCCUCGGAGAGUGGGAGUAUGGUCCAAAUGAAUCCAUUAGGUCACUGCUGCAGCAUGCACUCGUAGUUCCUCUUGACCAAUGAUGAACUAGUCCCAUGAGCUGGCUUUCAGCUCCCGCAUAUGUGUAUAAACCUCAGAUGUGACUACAUUUUAUACCUACCCGAGCCCUUCAAGCAAUAGUAUUUGAACCACUAGCCUUUUAAAUAAAACUCUCGUCCUAUUGCUAAGGUGCAGCUACGGAGUCUGCUGUCAUUCCUUGCCAGGUUUGUUUGUGCUGUUUUAGGGGGAAAAUUGUUGAUCAUUUUUUCUUUGGUUGGUAUCCCAGAUUGCUUCAGUGACAGAACUGGUUAGUCUCUGUGUCUUUUUUUUUUUUUUUUUUUUUAAGAUGUGAGCAGAACUUUCUCAUUGGUUAAGGGGCCAGACAACCAACAUAGAUACUGACUGCUUUGUUCCUUUUUCUUGGUAGGUGGGGUGGUGAUUUUCUUAGGCAGAGGCUACAGGUGCCCUGGCUGCCCUUGAACUUUUGGUGAUCCUCCUGGCUCUUGUCUCCCCAGUCCUGGAAUUACAGGCUUAUUCCACCAAGCUUGAUUUGUUCUGUUCCUUUCCCAACAUUUUUUUCUCUUGAGACAGGGUCUCUGAAGUAGUGCAAUCUGGUAGCCGUGAGUGACCUUGAACUCAGUCCUUCUACUUCUACCUUCCGAGUGUUGAAGUCAUGGCUCUACUCUGGCAGGUUGGAGAUGCCCUAGAUUGUACAUUACCAUUGGCCACCGUGUCAGGUCUGCUAGGUCUCUUGAGGACAUCUAUCCAAUCCUGAUACUUCUGUCAAAAGCCUACACCCAGUAAAUAAGUCUUGACUAGUGAACUCAUGCCCUGUUCUUAAGAAUUACAACUCAUUGUUUAAAAAAAAAAAAAAAGUCCCAAUUUCUGUUUGCAUUUUCAACCUAACCUCUUAACAGCUGUAUGCUCCGCCUGAGAUGUGUCUGUGCUAAGGUGUGUGAAUAUUGCCAGUUUUCUAUUUAUUACAGUGAUGAAGAAACCAGAGAUUGGGAAAGGGGAGCAUGGCCAGCUCCUGACUCUGAGCAAUUUGUGUGGGAGCGAUGAGUGGGCUUGCCAGUGGUCGUGUUCUUUAGGACCACUUCAGCAGGCUGACUGAACCUCCCCAGGGGAGCUUGUGACUAUGCUUUGGCAAGGGCUUCUUGACUAGAAUCCAUUCUGUUCAGUGCUCAUUUCAUAUAAAAGUCAACAUUUCACUGCAAA